GCUCAAAACCUCUUCUUUUUGUGAAUUACUACACGGCUUGUGUUUCCUUCCCUUUUGCCUUUUCCGUCUUUUAUGGCUUUCCAUUUAUCUCUGCAACUUCCCUACUUCCACUACUCAAAAUCUAUUAGAUCAGCAAAGAGGCAAAAAAGUUCAGCUUAUACACCUCAAGCUUCAAGUUGCAGAUCCAAGGAACAAAGAAAUUAUUACAAACUUGCAAGGAAAAAUGUCUUCUUUGGGUUAUUGUUUAGGUGUUACACUUCACCAAGGCCGUCUUUUUAUCGCGCAACGUUAUCAUCUGCAGCUUCUUCUGCUUCUUUUGCUCAAACCAAUAGUGAGAUUAGUGAUGCAGACUCCAAAAUUGAGAAUGGUGAAAUUGGAUUCGAGCACAAUCGGAUUGAUUCUCUUGUACGGGUUUUACAUGAAUCAGCUAGAAGCUUCUCCCUUGCAGUCGAGUCACUCAAAUUGUCCGGAACUGGUCCAGAACUAGCCAUGGCAUGGGUUGGAAAGGAUGUACAUGGAUGGCAUAAAAGAAUUUCUUACCUGGUCGCUGUUUAUGCACUGUUGAAGACAGCGAUUGAAGUAGAAGUUCUGCUUUCUCUUGAACGCCGUUGUAACAAUGCUUCCCCGGUUAAAGAGAUCUUGACACCGAAGAUUGAUUCAAUUGGUGAGUGUAUAGAUAAUCAAUUGAACACGAGGCAUUCUGAAUUGGGAGAAUGGUUUAGGCUCGUUGAACUGCCGCGUGUUGCAGCAUUUUUCGUUCCCUUGUUAAAGAAGUGGUCUAUGGAAUAUGCAGGAAGUGGUGUCGCAGGGAUAGUCGUGGCUAUCAGCUGCUGCGCUGCAGUGGGGAAAUUGGGUUGUGGGCGUAUUUCCUGUACUUCGCUCACGUUUUCAGUCAAAGAUGUAAUGGUAAAAUUCAUGGAUCUUUCACACAGCCUUGUGUCAGUGGAAAAGUUGCACCAAUUAGUCACUGAGGCUGGAUUUGAAUUGGAUUUUUUGUCCCAUUUUGGCACAAAGAUUCUUCCAAAUAAGAAAAGUGAAGACCUAGAGUUUUGGAUUGGUUUGGCUCAGAAGAAACUCUCAAUAGCAUUCCACAAAGAGACCACGAAUUCAGGAGGGCAGACUUUUCCUGACAAGGUUCAAGCAGAUACUUUGGCCACUUUAGGAAUUUUUGCAUAUCUUGGAAGAAAGACUAGAUUGUUCUUAUCAAGAAUGGGCAUAAAGGAUCUUGAUGAGCCAGUUAGGGACUUCCUUAGCUACUUGGAGUGCGGUAGCAUUUUCAUUUAUCCAGACUUUUCUUACAUAUCCAUGUACCAAUCCUUUAUGGAGGUAGUGACUGAUGAAAUCGGAUGGCUUGAUUUUUAUGCGGCAUUUCCUUCGGUAAGCAGUCAAGAGAGACGAAGAUCCAAGCAACAUUGCCUCCAAGCUGAGAAAGAGAUUGUUUUAUCUACUGUUUUUACUGUAUGCUAUGAUAUUUUCUCCGGAUUUGCACAUUCCACUCGUUCAACUCAGCAGCUUUUAGACACUGAUUUGCUAUCAUUCUUGCUCCAGAGUCAGACCCUGUUAGCCUUUUGUUUGGAAGACUAUUGGGCUGUUUAUGGCAAAUCAAGUGAAUUUCUAAAGAUAACAGAAACAAGUGCCCAUGAUCCUGCACUUUUAUCAUCUAGGGAAGCCAUAGGUACAACCAUGAAUUCUCAAAGAAAGACUAGUAACUUAAUUACAGCGGGGAGUCCAAACAAAACGUCCGAGCGUGGUUUUCAACUGACAAAGUGGCAGGCGAAUCGCGCACCUGGAACUGAAGCCGUAAACUCUACAGAGGAGAGCUCUACUGCAAAAGCAAAUCCUAUGCAUCAGAGUUUGCUUAAGAAGUACACUGUCAAGUUGGCAUCUGCAAGCUCUGAUAUAUGGAUGGGCACUCAAUUGCUUUCUGUAGACAUUAUGAUUGCUAUGGAGCUGCUCUUUAAACAAUCGCGUGGCUACAAGGUCACAAGGAGAGAGAGAUAUAAAUUGAAAAGACUGCUUAAUGACGUUGGCUCGCUUAUCCCCGUUACAAUUCUGAUGUUACUUCCUGUAUCUGCCGUAGGUCAUGCAGCCAUGUUAGCAGCAAUCAAGAAGUACAUGCCAUGCAUGAUCCCUUCGCCUUACACUUCCGAGCGGCUGGAUGUUGUGAAACAACUAGAGAGAACGAAGAAGAUGGAAGUAAGGAUACGAAGCGACCUUGAAGAUCCAUCCUCUAAGAUAUCAUGAGCAUUGUUUUUGUUUGCUGACCUUGCUGCUUUAACGAAUGCUGCAGAAAAAGCUCCUAAUUUAACAAGAGCCACCUCAGUUCUGUUCUUUUUAUUUGUGCAUAAUUGGAUGUUCUCCUCUUAACACUGAUAGAGUAUUAUCUUGUGUGCAUUAUCUGCUCUCUGUCCCACACCAUGAACAAUUCAUAUCAGAGCUAUUUCUGGUUGCUGGAUCCUCUCCAGAAACUCUUGUUUGAAUGCUAAUCUGCAUAUGUUCCUCUUAUAUGCUACUAAUCCACUCAGUUACAUAUCCACAUAUAAAGUAAUUGCAGUUUUUU